CAGGAUCAAGAACCCUAACGAGGAGGGAGAUCGCGCGCUGUAUCGGGAGGCAUCGAUCGACGGAGAGGUGGUCUCUUUGCUCUUUUGGUGGUGAUUCAACAAUGGCGACUGCGAGGAAUGUGAAGGACGUCUCGCCUCACGAGUUCGUGAAGGCUUACGCCGCUCAUCUCAAGCGGUCCGGCAAGAUAGAACUCCCUCCCUGGACUGACAUAGUGAAGACGGGUACAUUUAAGGAGCUUGCUCCUUAUGAUCCUGACUGGUACUACAUCAGGGCCGCCUCAAUGGCCAGGAAGAUAUACUUGAGGGGAGGACUUGGUGUGGGUGCUUUCCGUAGAAUUUAUGGGGGCAGCAAGAGGAAUGGAAGUCGCCCACCCCAUUUCUGCAAGAGCAGUGGAUCCAUUGCUCGUCACAUUCUGCAACAGCUUCAGAACAUGAACAUCAUUGAUAUUGACCCAAGGGGAGGAAGGAAAAUCACAUCGAGCGGGCAACGCGAUCUCGAUCAAGUUGCAGGGCGCAUUGUGGUGGCUCUAUAAAUCAGCGAGAAUUUGCUCCAAAUAUUUGGCCUUUUUCUUUUCGACAUGUAGGAAGAUAUGUAGUCGAUGAGCAAAUUUUGUUCCACCUAGUGUUUCUGGACAAUGUCUAUUGCGCUUCGGGUUUUGUCUGUUCUUCUAUAGUAGUUUAUUUGAACUAUUACUUUGUAGGAGUCCUGCAUAAUUAAGGUGAUCUUUUCAAAGGUUGGGGAGCGCAUGUUGGACUAUAUAUUAACGCACUUUGUUCA